CUCGGCACAAAUGAAUGACGCUCUCACUUGCUUCUCAUCGAGAUCUCAGAAUUAAUCGACAUGGACGUUGCCGCAAACACCAUUCAAACUAUAGGUUUCGCCGGCCAGAUCUUCACUGGGUGCCUAAAUGGCUUCAAGGCGUGGCAGAAAGCGGACGACUUAGGGCGCGACGCUCUCGAGCUUCAAAUCAAGUUGGAAUGGACACGGUCAAGACUUGAUAUGUGGGGGACGUCAUGGGGCCUUGAGCAGCAGGAUCAUCUGAAAGAUGUCCGUUUCCGUCGAUUUGGUAUGAUGGCUUUGAAUCACUUGGUAUACAUCAACUAUUGCCUUGAUGAAUUCAAAUCCAUGGAUGAUAUAUUUCCUACACUCGGCGAUGCUGCAAAGUACGCCUCGGCUCCAGCAGUGUCCCUGGCAAGAUUGACCAAAAGUGCUGAAGUGAGCGCCGAUGAGUUGGAUGCGUUGCGUUACAAACUGGACCAUCUGCAAAUUAAUUCGGGACACCAGGAGCGCAUCAAGUGGGCGUUGCAAGAUGGACGGGCAUUGAAAAUGGUUGAAACGGUGAAGGCUAUGGUUGAGGACUUGUACAUUCAAUUUCCACCCCCUGCUGGGGAGUCCUCUGCAGUGGUCAAGAACAGCCAUCUCAUCUCUGAUUCUUUGGAGAUACUCGAUAGUAUUUCGGGAAAUUCGACUGCAGAUCCUGCUUUGGCAUCACUCUGUUCCAUCAAGGCAGAGAGGAUUCGCCUUGAAUCGGCCAAGCGCAAAGAAGAUCUCAAGACUCAUGACCCAUACAAAGUUGCUGGCCAACUUGAAGAGAGAACGCAACUCUCCGCAAAUCGGUAUUUAGGUCAGCUCCGCCAGGAUGGAGUAUCCUACGGCACUCCAGUUCUUGUCGAGCACAAAAAGGUCGAGGCGCUAGUAAACGCUACCAGCACGCUUGAUCACCGCGUUCAGAACGUCGCACGGCUACUGUGUAUGAAGCAGAAGCCAACGGAACUGAGGACCCUUGACUGUGCCGGUGUUAUAGUCACCCGAGAUAAAGAGACUGAAUACAGGUUCAUAUAUCAAUUGAAAGCACGAAGGGCUUUCACGUUGACGGAUCUACUCAAGGCUGCGACCCGAGACAAUCUGAACGGUCUCCAUCGCGACCUCUGGGCUCUUGAUGAAAAAUUUGCUCUUGCACGUCAGUUGUCACGCGCUGUGCUCUAUCUUCAUCUGGCUGGAUGGCUUCACAAAGGUAUUAGGAGUAAUAAUGUUAUCUUUUGUGCCGAUGAUGAGACGGGAAUCAACCUUACGGAGCCUUACCUGGUUGGCUUUGAAUACAGUCGAGCGGAUCUGGCAAGGAAUGAAACGGAGACAGUUCAAAGCACCGAAGAAAUUGAUAACGCAUUUCGUCAUCCAGAUACACAAGGACUCCCCACCGAAAGAUUGGAGUUCCAUCGGACAUUUGACAUCUAUGGUCUUGGUAUGGUCCUAUUGGACAUAGGCUCAAAACGCUCCGUUGCAAACCUUCGAGUCAAGUUUGCUUCCAUCAAUGCCAAUAAAGGCGGAUGGACUGCAGUGGCGUUCCGCAAGUGGCUGCUCGAUUCAGCACUGGAUUCGGACAUGACCGGGCUUACGGCAAGGAUGGGUCCUAUCUAUGUAAGUAUAAUCAAGACCUGCUUAAGCGGGAACUUUGCAGCAAAGUACAGCGGGGACCUGAAUGUGGCGUUUUAUAUGGAGGUUGUCAGGAAGCUGCAAUUGUGCGUGGUCUGAACCAAUACAUGACGGUAGUGGACAAGAGGGAAUAUGUCCGCAGGACAGAGAUCUACGCCAAUUCCGUGGGGAUCUGGCAAUUGCA